AUUAUGCUUACAAACUGAGCGCGUCAAGAAGUGGCACGGAGCUGAUUGUGAAGGUUACCUCCAGUCAGUUCAGUGUAAAACACCAUUUGAAAGCUAAGAAGGGACAAAACUAGCGGGAUAACCACAAUCCGCACCGUGGGACUUCCACAGAGGGAAUUAAUGUAAUUGAAACUGGUGCAACCAUAGGACAAACUUCUCCAAGUUUUAAAAAACUUUAAAUAACAAGAUACGCAUGGACCUUAACGGGCAGAAGACAGUGCUAUCACUAUGGGAAUAGUUUGAAUGAGUCUACGUUUCAGCGAAAAGUGGUUAUUUUUGUAGAUUCGUAAUAGUCACCGUGUAUUUUUCCAUUUUGUUUUGUGGCACACCAGCAGGCAGGACUGUGGAGUCUCUUUUGCCGGUCGCGUGGCUUCUUUGUGUACAGCUGCUGCUCAUAUGUGCAUGCUGAAACACCGUGGCCUGGAACAGAAUUCCCAACCCACUAGGAAAAGGUCUAACAUCACACAAUUGCUUUUAGGCUUUAAAUCAGGAGCACCAACAAACGCCAGUGAAAGAGGAUUACCUAAACUUCACUUCGCCCCUUUCCCUUUCCCCGAGCUGUCCCGCACCGUCCCGACUACAGCCUGCUCGUCUCUCUCCAUUGCUUACUGCGCGUGGAUUGUAAAAAGAGAAAACAAAUUGAGCUCAGUUCAUUGUACAGCUGCGCUCUACACACAGAAACAUCAUGGAUGUACGCUUUUACCCGGCUGCCGGAGGGAAUUCUAUUCCUGGAGAUCCACAGAACCUGGAUUUUUCCCACUGUUUGGGCUAUUACAACUAUAAUAAGUUUGCAAACAACAACAACUACAUGAAUAUGGCAGAAGCCAACGGAGGCCUGCUCCCGGGUGGUGAUACGUUCCACACCCCCAGCCUGGGCGACGAGGAGUUCGAUCCCCCCAUCACCCCUCCUCCGGAGACGGAGUCUGGCAUGGGCCUGUCAGAGGGUGACACGCCCUUCCCCAACCUGCCCGAGCCCCCACCUCCACAGAGGGGCAACUUCACCCCCCAGUUCCCCCCUCAGAGCCUGGAGCUGCCCUCCAUCACAAUCUCCCGCAACAUGAUGAACCAGGACGGAGGCCUGUUGCCCAUGAACAUUGGGCAGGCCCACCUUCGCCAGUACGGCCCCAACCCAGCCAUGGUGAUGCGGUCCAUCAUCAGCAUGAACAAUCCCAAUGGUAUGAUGUCGCGGAACCAGCUGACCACCAUCAACCAGUCCCAGCUCAACGCUCAGCUGGGAAUGAACAUGAGCGGGCCCAACAUCGCUCACACCUCCCCAUCCCCGCCUGCCAGCAAGUCGGCCACGCCCUCCCCUUCCAGCUCCAUCAACGAGGACGAAGGCGACGAAGGCAACCGAAUGACCGGGGAGAAACGUCCAGCCCCCGAUGCCGGGAAGAAGCCCAAGACCCCCAAGAAGAAGAAGAAGAAGGACCCCAACGAGCCCCAGAAGCCCGUCUCGGCCUACGCCCUCUUCUUCAGAGACACCCAGGCCGCCAUUAAGGGUCAGAACCCCAAUGCCACCUUCGGGGAGGUGUCCAAAAUUGUGGCCUCCAUGUGGGACGGUCUGGCAGAGGAACAGAAACAGGUCUACAAAAGCAAAACAGAAGCUGCCAAAAAGGAAUAUUUAAAGGCCCUCGCAGCCUACCGUGCCAGUCUGGUCUCAAAGGCGGCAGCGGAGUCGGCUGAGGCCCAGACCAUCCGCUCUGUACAGCAGACGCUGGCCUCCACCACCCUGUCCCCUGCCCUAGUGCUGCCCUCGCCGCUCAACCAGCACCCCUCCAUGUCGGCCGCGGCCGCCGCCCAGGCCCUCCAGCAGGCCCUGCCCCGAGCCAUCGCCCCAAAGCCGCUGCAGAUGGGCGGCAACCAGAUCGUCACCUCGGUGGCCGUGGCCCACCAGAACAUGCCCGGUGGCAUCCCGUCGCAGCUGCUCGGCCAGAUGGGCCCAGGCGGCAGGGCCAUGGGAGGAGGCGGCGGCGGCCCGCCGCAGGUAUCUGGGCCGGGGUCACAAAUGAGCCCGCCCAUGCCGGGCGUGCAGCAACAGCCCCCACCGCAGCAGCAUGCGUCCCUGCAGCAGCUCCAGCAGCAGCAGCAGCAGAUGCAGCAGCAUCUGCAGCACCACCAGAUGCAGCAGCAGCAGAUGCACCACCAGCAGAUCCAGCAGCAGAUGCAGCAUCAGCAUUUCCAGCACCACCUCCAGCAGCAGCUUCAGCAGCAUCACAUGCAGCAGCAACAGCAGCAGCAGCAGCAGCAGCAGCAUCAGCAGCAGCAUCAGCAGCAACAUCUGCAGCAGCAGCAUCAGCAGCAAUUGCAGCUCCAGCACAUGCAAAUGCAUCAGCUGCACCAGCAGCAGAUGCAGCAUCUCCAGCAGCAGCAGCAGCAGCAGCAGCAGCAGCAGCAACAACAGCAACAGCAGCAGCACCAGUCUCAGUGUUCCCCUGCCCAACACUCCCCCGGUACCCCCCACUCGUCCACGCUAGGCAGCCCAGCCCCUGCCCAAGCCUCGGCCCCUCCGCAGCACCACCCCUCGCAGAUCCAGGCCCACGCCCUCUCCCAAGUCAGCAUUUACUGAGCCAAAAUGCACACACACGUGCGGUCAAUCCUAUUUCAGAGAGGAGGAAUAGAGGAAGAAAAAUAAAAGCAUCAUUCCAAGUUGCUUUUCUAAGUUGCACUUAAGAAGUGUGUAAGAAUUAGAAUGUUUUACAAAGAACUGUCCAUUGUUCUAGACGGAUAUUCAGAUGUGUAAAAAAACGAGGGUUGGGGAGGGUGGGCUGGGGGAAAUAUCUUAAGCUGGACUUUGUCUAUAAAAUAGGCUGCGCUAUGAGAAAGCUGGUUGCUGAGUGCCCGAUUAUUGUUUGUAUGUAAUGUUAGUCUUGCUCUGUUUUUUCUCUCAGUCGUCGAUUUUAAAAAUGAACUUUUGGGGCGAAGCUUGGUGAGACACAGACAGUGAUUUCCAUCAUGGACACAUGCCCCGGUUUUAUUUAACAAAGCUUUAUUUAUGAGGUCAACGUUGCUGCCAGUGCUUCGUCCAGCUCUUGGCAAAGCGAGCGGAUCUCAAACAGAAAACUGCACAGGCUUGACCUCGGUGGAUGACACAUCCUGAAGGAGACAUUUUUACAUAAAAAAGGUGAACACCAGAACUGAGUUUAACAACACAGGUACAAAGCCCGGUGGUCAACACGUUUCUUUUUUUCAAACGGUUGUUUCCUCCUUGGCCAGUAUGUUUUGUCGAACUUCUUCUUUCUCUCCCUGACCGCCGAUAUCCUCUCUCUUUAACCGAUCCCCCACCCCACAUUCCUGUAGAUCUAGCUGUUCAACAGUUACCUGAGGGGACUCAAUGAUCAACUCAAUGAUCAACUCAAAACGCUUUUCAAACCAAGUGACAUAUGAGCACAUUCAUCCUCUGUUAUCAAGUGUUGAGGACAAAAAGGGAACUGAAGGACAGUGUAUGGUGUCUUGCUGGAAGAAGACUGGACAGAGGGUCCAGAGGCUGUCAUAGAUACUUUUAAGUCAUAGUACGUCGUCAGACUGUACCCCAUACCUGCUGUACUGUUUGGUGUAUGGAAGGGAGAGAGAAAAAUCUGAGCAGGUCUAAGCUUAUUUGCUCAAAGGUGUGUAAAUGGCACUCCAAAAAUAGAAAUAAAUCCUCCUUUUAUGUAUUUGUCUUUACCUCAGAUGUUUAAUGAACUUAAAUUAUGUUUCUAUUUGUUUUCAUUUUGUGAAAUAAAGUGCAUAUUUUAUGGGGGUGGGGGAAACAAAAUUCCAGUUGUAGGUUGAUGAUGGUUUCAUGAUUAAUGUAUUUUUACACUAUUCCUUGAUACCACAAACUUAUCGUACGGCAGAAGAAGAUAAAGAAGAUACUUAGCUGAGACAUUUCGUUGCACUGUCAAAGCCAACAGAAAAAGGCAUUGGAGGUAUUUUGUGCCAGCUGUAAUUGAUUCUGUAAAAAUAAAAGAGAAAAAGAUGUACAUUUUUCAUAUCACCUUGUGUAAAGUUUUAAUAUGUGAGGCUUUAAUUAAAACAUUGGUAAACUGA